AUGUCUUCUUCACUCGAUCAAUUGAAAGCAUCUGGUACUGUCGUCGUCGCCGAUACCGGUGAUUUUGAGUCCAUUGCCAAAUACAAGCCUCAGGACGCCACUACAAACCCUUCACUCAUUCUGGCUGCUGCCAAAAAAGCUGAGUACGCAAAGCUUAUUGAUGAUGCUGUUGCUGCUGCUUCCAAGUCCUCUGGAUCCCCCUCCCAAAAGGCUGAGAAGGCCCUUGACUACCUGCUCGUUGAGUUUGGUUCCAAGAUUCUCGAAAUCGUCCCUGGCCGUGUUUCGACUGAGGUUGAUGCCCGUCUUUCUUUCGACAAGGAAGGUACCAUUAAAAAGGCUCUCGAAAUUAUCGAUCUUUAUAAGCAAAAGGGGAUUUCUAAGGAACGUGUCCUUAUUAAGAUUGCUUCUACCUAUGAAGGUAUUCAGGCUGCUCGUGAGCUUGAAGCCAAGCACGGAAUCCACGUUAACCUGACUCUUCUCUUUUCUUUCGUUCAGGCUGUUGCCGCUGCUGAAGCCAGUGCCACUCUUAUUUCUCCCUUUGUUGGUCGCAUCUUGGAUUGGUACAAGGCUUCUACUGGAAAGUCUUCUUACGAGGCUUCUGAGGAUCCUGGUGUCCACUCUGUUAAGCGCAUCUUCAACUACUACAAGAAGUUUGGCUAUAAGACAAUUGUCAUGGGCGCAUCUUUCCGUAAUUCUGGUGAAAUCAAGGAGCUUGCCGGUGUCGACUUUUUGACCAUUUCUCCCGGUCUUCUCGAAGAGCUUUACUCUUCUACUGAUGCUGUUCCUAAGAAGCUUGAUGCUGAUGCUGCCCAGGCCCUUGAUAUUGAGAAGGCUGCUUACCUUGACAAUGAGCCUGCUUUCCGCUUUGAUUUUAACGAAGAUCAAAUGGCCACUGACAAACUGUCUGAGGGUAUCCGCAAGUUCGCUGCCGACACUGUCACUCUUCUUAAGGUUCUUGAGAGCAAGUUUUAA